ACACAGUCCAUACAAGAUCAGACUGAAGUGCACAAGGAUCUUCAGAGUUUCUAUCCAGGGAUGUGAGCAAUCCGCCACCUUAUUACCAUGGUGAUGUCGCUCUGAGCUCUCUUUCUGAAACUGAAGAGAAGGUAAAAAAGAGAAGAGAAUGAGAGAGAGGCACCAAAGUCCAGAAAUAUUUGAGCAGAACCUUAAAGAGAUGCAGUCUCUCCGCUCCUCCCCCUCUCCUGCUCAUGUUGUGUCUCCGGUUCCUGAGCUCCCGGAGCGGACCGGACCCCCCUCACCCAGCCCCCCCAAGGGGCCCCCGAGGGAUCUCGGGGCUCCCCGCACUCUCCACUCCUCUCCCGGGGGAGACCCAAAGACCCCGGAGCCAGUGGGACAGUCCCCCCAGAGAGGGAGAAGCCCCAUCGCCAGGGACAGACACCCCAACAUCCUCAGCGACUCCCCGGAUUCAGACAGUGGAGACGAGCCCGGCAUCGGGGAGAACGGGGAGCACCGAGCCGCCGCCACGCGAACAUCCCGCUCCUCCAACGGCAGCGAUCCCCCGACUGGCGGCAGAGACACCCCGAUCCCAGCCGGAGACACCCCGACCAGUAACUCCCCUGCAAGUGACAGAGUUCCCGGCGGGUACUCCGCACAGCACGCCGCCCGAGACCCCCCGGGGAGAGAAAGAGACCCCCCUGGCUCAGACAGAGACCCACCCGGCCGGCGGAUGGAAGAGACAUCGGGGAACGCGGUGAUCAUCAGGAUCGGCAUCCCGGACCUGCAGCAAACGAAGUGCCUCCGGCUGAACCCUGAUGCUCCAGUUUGGGUGUCCAAACAGCGCAUCUUGUGCACCCUCAACCACAGCCUGAAGGACGUUCUGAAUUAUGGACUCUUCCAGCCAGCUUUUAAUGGUAGAGCUGGGAAAUUCCUUGAUGAAGAGCGACUGCUGCGGGAAUAUCCACCUUCUUUGGCCACACCUGUACCCUACCUAGAGUUCCGCUAUAAGAGAAGAGUUUAUACACAGACACUACUGGACGACAAGCAGUUUGCCAAACUUCACACCAAAGGGAAUCUAAAGAAAUUCAUGGAGUACGUUCAGCUGCAGAAUAUUGAGAAGGUGACCAGGUUGCUUGAGAGGGGUCUGGAUCCCAACUAUCAGGAUCCAGAUACAGGGGAGUGUCCUCUCACCCUGGCUGCGCAACUAGACGGCGGAGCAGAACUGGUUAAAGUUUUGAGGAGUGGAGGUGCGCACCUGGACUUCAGAACACGUGAGGGGCUAACGGCUCUGCACAAAGCGGUGCGAUACCGCAAUCAUGCCGUGUUAAUGACCCUUUUGGAUUUAGGUGCUUCUCCAGACUAUAAAGACAGCCGUGGCUUAACCCCACUCUAUCAUAGUGCAAUGGUUGGGGGGGACCCAUACUGUUGUGAGCUACUGCUCCGGGACUACGCAAGCCUAGGCUGUGAAGAUGAAAAUGGAUGGCAGGAGAUCCACCAGGCAUGCCGCUAUGGACAUGUUCAGCAUCUGGAGCAUCUCCUCUUUUAUGGAGCCGACAUGAGAGCACAGAAUGCAUCGGGGAACAGUGCCCUACACCUUUGUGCUCUUUACAACCAGGAGAGCUGUGCCCGGGUUCUUCUCUUCCGUGGAGCAAGUAAAGAGAUUAGGAACUUCAACAACCAAACAGCGUUUCAAGUUGCUAUAAUUGCAGGAAAUUUCGAACUUGCUGAAAUCAUCAAAACUCACAAAGAAUCCGACAUUGUGCCUUUUCGGGAGACUCCAAGUUAUACAAAACGCAGACGUGUUGUGAGCUGCGUGGGUCUCUCAUCGCCCCGUUUUCUACAGCGUUCCGCCAGUGACAACAACCUCAAUUCAGAUGGGGCCCAUUACUCUCCAGUGCCGUCGCUCCGUGGUCUACCCCCUCAUCUGCUCACCCAGGGGCCUGACACCUCCGGAGGAGCAGCUGUGGGGGAUAGUAGCCUUGCGAGCACUGCCAGCUCCCGCAGCACACAUAGCCGCUCUCCAUCAUUACAUCGUGCAAGAGAAGAAAGAGAUACUGAUAGCCACACUCUGAGGAGGGGAAGAGGAAAGAGCAGCCCCGGGCCCCUGGACACGAGGAGCACCGGCCCUCGGGGGCCCAAAAGAAAACUGUACAGCGCGGUACCUGGGAGAACAUUCAUAGCAGUGAAGUCAUACGAACCGCAAGGACCUGGAGAAAUCCAACUCAACAGAGGGGAAAGAGUGAAGGUGCUGAGUAUUGGUGAAGGUGGAUUUUGGGAAGGAUCAGUCAAGGGUCGGAGUGGAUGGUUUCCAGCAGACUGUGUGGAGGAAGUGCAGAUGAGACAGCCGGAUCCACGUCAAGAAACUCGUGAAGAUCGGACAAAGCGUCUCUUCAGACAUUACACAGUUGGAUCAUAUGACUCCUUUACUUCUCAUAGUGAUUAUGUCAUCCAGGAGAAAGUUGCUCGAUUGCAGAAGAGGGAACUGGAGGGAUUUGGUUUUGUGUUGAGAGGAGCUAAAGCAGAGACACCUAUCGAGGAGUUCACACCUACACCAGCUUUCCCUGCUCUGCAAUAUCUGGAGUCUGUGGACGUCGAUGGCGUUGCAUGGAGAGCAGGUCUUAGGACAGGAGACUUCUUGAUUGAGGUGAAUGGAGUAAAUGUUGUGAAGGUUGGUCAUAAACAAGUGGUAUCACUGAUUCGCCAAGGGGGUGCUCAUCUAACCAUGAAGGUUGUGUCUGUGAGUCGCAAACCUGAGAGUGAGGAGGCCAUGCGUAGGAGGGCUCCCCCACCUCCAAAGAGGGCGCCAAGCACCACUCUUACCCUGCGGUCCAAGUCCAUGACAGCUGAGCUGGAAGAACUAGAACGAUUGGAUGAGAUAUUGGUGGCUUCUGAUCCCUCCAUGAGACCAGAGAUUGCCGAGGCUGACUCAAGAGCCGCUACGGUAAAACAGCGACCAACCAGCAGGCGCAUCACUCCAGCCGAGAUAAGUUCGCUGCUAGAAAGACAAGGGAUUUCUUCACAUGCAAUUUCUCACUUCCAUAGCGAAAAACCUCACAUUUCACUCCACCAUGGUAUGUCUCGGACUAAGUCUGUAGGUGAAGAUGAGAAACUAUCCGAUUCAUUCCUUGAUGGACGAUUUCCACGCAGCACUUCCAUGCAGGAUUCUUUAAGGGAAGGUCCAGUAAUUCCACCACCUCCACAGAAAUCUGCUCCCCCUCCUCCAUCCCCUUAUUACUUUGACACUGGGCCACCCCCAGCAUUUUCUCCACCUCCGCCUCCUGGUAGGGGAUAUGAUACAGUGCAUUCCAGCUUUAAACCAGGUUAUGAAGCCAGACUCCAUGGGCUUCCACAUGGAAUGGGAUCUGCAGAGCUGUUAAGCAUGGAUCGUGCCCUCCCUCCUCCCGAUCGGCAGAAGCGUGCUCGUUCCAUGAUCAUUCUUCAAGACACAUCUCACUUGCCUGUAGAACCUACAAGUAUUUCCCGACCUGGUCCAUCCCCAACACCUCCAGAAAAAUUGAAAAGAAGAAGUCGAGCUGUGGAUAAUCCCUAUGCCAAUAUGGGUUUGUUUGCACCAAUGAAGCAGCAACACAAAAAGAGUCCCCUUGUGAAGCAGCUUCAAGUGGAAGAUGCACAGGAACGAGCUGCUUUAGCCAUGGCUGGGGGUUAUUCACGUGAUCCCUCACCAUCUCGACGCAGUCCACGACAAAGUAUGAUGGAGUUAGGAAGUGCACACCACGAUCCAUUAGGUAGUCCUUUUGUAACAGCACUUGCUGGAGUAAUGAAGGAACGUGAGCGACGGCUGGAUGAGAAGCGAAAAUCCACAGUCUUUCUCUCGGUCGGAGCAUUGGAGGGUACACCACCUUCUCCAGACCUCCCCUCUCUGCAACCCUCUCGCUCUGUUGAUGAGCGAUUGUUAGGGAGUCGUGAUGUCCUCCUACCUUCUCCAGGUUCUUCACUUAAGUCUUUGAUGUACAGCAGUCCUCAUUCUACAUUCAUCCACCCCCUUACUGGUAAGCCCCUUGAUCCAAAUUCACCUCUUGCACUUGCGCUGGCCGCAAGAGAACGUGCGUUUUCUUCCCAGGCACCCUCUCCUCCUCCACCAAGGACACCUACUCCAGUAAGGAGCCCAGAUUCUGAUAGAGCUCCUCCACUCUUUCUGGAAAUUCAAACCAAAGAGGGGGAGGUGGGAAUGGAGAUAGAAGGGUCAGCAUCACCCAUAUAUAGCCCUUCUGGGGCGUCUGUGAAAGGCCAGUGGAGUGUUCCAUUAAGAAGAGAUGGAGAGGGUCGUGCUGAGAAAAGUCCAGAACGACCUGAGAGUAGGGUGGAGGGAAGGAAACCUAUGAUACUAAGUAUUGUGGACACCUCUCAGCAGAAAACAGCAGGGCUUAUAAUGGUGCAUGCUACCAGCAAUGGGACAGAAGACAAAGAGCAGGAGGCACCAGCUACCACUGACCAGCAAGAGACCACACAGCCACAAGACACUGAAGAGAAGGCUCCUUCAAGCUCUUCUUCUGAUAAAACUCUUGGUCAGGGUAGCUCAGAAGAGGAAGUGGAGCCUUUUGGGGCUAACAAUCUGCCACCAGCCAUGCUGUCCUCAAGUGAUGAGGAAACAAGAGAAGAAUUAGCAAAAAUUGGGCUAUUGCCUCCUCCUGAUGCUUUUGCCAAUGGAGUCUUGGUCACCAAACCUGGCACCCCCAUCAGCCAACUGUCUCGACCUGGUACUUUGGCUGUGCCAUCUUCCAAGCAAGCUAGUGGUGUACCACCCUCAGGGAAGCCUUCUGAUGCCCCUCUCCCCCAUCCAGAGUCAGCUACUGACUCAGGUGUGGAGGAAGUAGACACCAGGAGCUCGAGUGACCACCAUCUGGAAACCACAAGCACCAUAUCUACUGUGUCCAGCAUGUCCACUCUAUCCUCAGAGAGUGGGGAGCCCACUGACACCUACACCUCGUACGCCGACGGUCAAACUUUUAUACUCGAGAAGCCACCAGUGCCUCCAAAGCCCAAACUCAAGUCUCAGCUGAUGAAGGGCACCGUGACCUUCAGGGACCCCCUGCUCAAGCAGUCCUCGGACAGUGAGCUUAUUGCCCAACAGCAACUUGCAGCGGGCCGUCCGCGCUACCUCUUUCAGAGAAGAUCUAAGCUAUGGGGAGAUCCAAUUGAGAGUCGGCCUCUUUCACACGGGGGCCCUGUGGAAAUAGAAAAGCCGUCUGUAAUUGGGGAGAUCAGUUCUCGACUUCAGCUGCUAAACAAGGACACACGGUCACUUGGGGAGGAGCCAUCAAUCCCGGGAAUGGACCCCGGCAAGAAAUCUCCUGUGGUGGCGGCUCGACAUUCAGAUGUUCGGAAUUUUGGCCCAUUGUGUAAGUCUUUGCAUGCAGCCACCAGUCAGCGGCAGGCUCUGUCUCUGUGUCUGUCUUCUUCCUUGAACUGUCUUGUGAUCUCCAACCCGAGGGUCGGGGGGGUCAGUUUUCCUUCUCGGAGCUUGUUCAGCAGUCUCGGAGAGUUGCACACUAUUUCCCAGCGCAGCUAUGGAACAUCCUACACCGUGCGCCCCGGAAGCCGCCACCCCUUGACUCGCCGAGCACCCAGCCCUGUACCACCUUCGUCAGAGAGGGUGGAGCCCUUGGGUGGAGCACGUUCCUAUACGCUUACACCCCCCACCAUAUUGAAGUCCUCCAGUCUCUCAAUUCCUCAUGAACCCAAGGAGGUGCGUUUCGUUGUAAGGAGUGUCAGUGCCCGGAGUCGUUCUCCUUCCCCAUCUUCUGGGCAUCCAAUGCACAGUUCUCGCCCAUUCCUGCAGAAGCCCCUUUCUAUGUGGAAUAAGUAUGAUGUAGGCGACUGGCUAGAGAGUUUGAACCUAUCAGAACACCGUCUUAAGUUCCAGGACAACGAAAUAGAGGGCUCCCAUCUACCUGCUCUUACCAAGGACGAUUUUGUAGAGCUGGGGGUAACCCGAGUGGGUCAUCGCAUGAACAUCGAGCGUGCCCUUCGCCAACUAAGCACCAGCUGACCCGGUCAGGAGCUGCGGUCCCAUCUCCCGGGAGGGCAACUCCGCACCGCUGCGGGGGGAGGAAUUACUUUACAUACACACAAAGACAGUCACUACUCAGAAUACCUAAAACGCACACCUACUGAUGUACAGAAAUCCGGACUAGUAGAAAAAUCGGAAUGCCUUGAACAUACUGGAAUUGGUUCACACUGCUCAGAGCCUUUAAGUGGAGCCCAUUGCUGUACACACACACAUACCGUGACGAUUACAUGUGCUAGCUUAAUCACGCUUAACCUGUCACAUUCAGACACGCUUACUCUGACACACACUGACACACAGCUGUUGACCCACACACUGACUGAAGGGAGACCUUGUACAAGUGAUAGAUCAGAUGCAUAAUACUCUGAAAGCAUACACCACAUGUAACACCACAGAAAUAAUCCUCUCCUUGUGCGGUGCAAUGGGGCCCAGUAAUUGAUCCCCCCCUCCCUCUUUCUGUGCCAAGGAGGGGAGGUGGGAUCAGUCACAGGGUCCCAAGGCCAGGCCACUGUGUGUUAAUGCCACCUUUUUUUACCUGAAUCAACAAGAGAAUCACAGUCAGACAGUGAGAUAAGUCUGCAGGGGAACGGGGUUGAGCUGCACACCUCCCAUACCAAGAUCUGACUCAAGUCCUGGAGAGAAAUCCACGGAUUGGUCUAGAAGAGGCCGCAGGUUCCAGCCACCGCCACUGUGGGACGCUUUUUAUGCAUCUUUUUAAUUAGCUAUAUAUUUGAAGAAAAAAAAAAAUGGACUUUACCUAUAUAUAUAUAUAUCUCAUAUAAAUAUAUAUAUCUAUAUAUAUAUCUAUAUACACAACACUCUCACUGGACUUUUUAUAUACAGCAGAUCUGGGGGUAUAUAGAGGUAUUGUCAGAUACUGCAGUACCUCAUUCUGGGGUUUCAUUUGAUUAUUUUUUAUCCCUAUUGGAGAUUAUGAGCGUUUUUACAAUAAACCCCUCACCAUGCCACCAGCAUUCUUUAGAAUGGAACAUGCAUCUCUACAUCUGAAUUCCAUCCGAAAAAACAAAAGGGAGAUCAUCUUACUUUCAAUGGUUUCUUACUUCAUUUCAAUGUCAUAUUUAUUUGCACAUGGGUGUUUAUUAAAAUUGGGCCAUUCAUUUAAAAAGGUGGAAGAUUUGUCCUUUAGUUGUGACUAUUAUGUCGGACGGGAUAUUUCUUAAUGUGUUAUUUUUGCAUAUUCUUCCUUUCAUGUGAUAUUCCGUAGAGGGCUUAUUCUAGCAUUUGAGGUGAGUUCUUUUUUUUAUGGUUUCGUUUUGGUUGGAUGUUUAGUUUAAAAUGUCUGGGGGGGGGGGGGGGGUCACUUUGGAUAUAUGGUUUUCAUUUCAUUUGAAAGCAUAUUGAAUUAUUCCAGGGUUGUUGUUUUUUUUUUUUUUGUCUAUUCAGGUGUUUAGAAUUAGCAAUUAUUUCCUUACACUGCUUUUUGUGGUUUAGCCGGAGAAAGAAUAGACCCUACGUAAACCCUCUGAAAUGUUGUACCUAUUCCCUAAGUAAAUGUCACCAAGAGUCUCCCUCCCAGUGAAUUAGGGGUCCCAGAAACAAAUGGGACAUUCAUGGUCAACUCUCUUCAAUACCUUGUGUAUUGUUAACGAUCGUUUGGAGAGGAGGGACGAUCACGGAGCCGGAUGGGUCCUCUCAUGUACUGUGUCCCUGUGCACCUGAAGAUGGAUUACCUGAGGGUGACCAACCUGGAUCCGGUGUGCCUUAUUGCCAUGAUAAUCGCUUCAAGCCCCUAAUGGGGAGAAGCAGUGUAAUGUUAUCCCAUUUCCUGCAGUGCCUUAUCGCCAUUGUGGAGCUUAGACAAGACCCUCUAACUGUGCUACACUAGCAGCUGCCAAUAGAGCAAAUGUACAAUAGCUGCUACUUCUCUCACUGGAUCAGCCCAAUCCCUACACAACACUUGAGCCUCACGGACAGGGUUGUUUAUCCAGUUAUAUCUGUUUGGCAGAGGGAUGUUGAAGAACAAGGUUAUUAAGGCCACAUGCUUCUGCAAGGAGACAGGACACUAAAAAUUUCUGUGUAAAUUGAAUUUUAACCCCAUGUACUAUGAGUUAUCCACAGCAACAAAUACUGUGUGAAUAGUACUUUCCAUUUCUGGGCUGACUUAGCAAUAUAUGACACAAAGCGGAGGCCAGUUCUAAAAAGAAAUGUAGCCCCCCUUUUUUUUUCCCAAAAAAAAAUAAAAUAAAGAUUUCUAAAAACUUUAAAAACUUUAGUCAUUCCCUGCUCUCCUUAACAUAACCUCUUAGCAUUAUGGAAAAAAAAUAAAAACACCAUCAAUUAUCGAAUAUAGUAGAUGCCCAAGUGAAAAUACAUAGCUAUGAGUUCUGCUAUUUGAAAAGUGACCAUUUCAGAGAAGACUGUAGGAAAUGUAUUACAUUUUUAUUACAUUUUACCCAAAUAAAAACUACAUUAAAAAAAACUUGCCAUAAAAGAAAAAAAAUAAUAAAAAAUAUUUAUAAAUAAUAAAAAAAAAAUAUAACAACUACAUUUCUUAUAACUUAUAAACUUUCAAUACUGGAAUUUACUGAAAGCAUGAGAGAAAUGAUGUGCCAAAUUGAAGCUAAUAAAAUGUAAAAAAUAGUUUGUAUAUUUUUAUCUUUCUAUGAGCAGCUUCUUUUUUUGUGUUGACCCCGGUGACAAUGUAUAUAGCCCUAUAGAAGUUAUAGCAAGCUCAUUGCUAUUAUUUGUAUGAAUCCUUUCCCAUACUUCUACCUUAUAGACUAUUUCAGGCACCGUACCCCAUCGUUACACAUACUGUUCCUAGCAAAAACCCAUGUGUAACUUUUUAUUGAACUGUUCCAAGAAUUUUCCACCAGAAAAUCCCUCUCUUCUUUUUCCGGCUUUGCCAAAGCUUGAAGGGGAGGGACCGAUGUUAAUGUCUGAUUGGGGAAUCGGGAUCCUGCCAUGGGGUAAAUAUCAUCUGGUGCUAAAAAAGAGAGGGUUGUGGUUUAAUCUGCCCCUCUCGUAUCUUAACGUUUUUAAGGCUUUCAUACCGAGUGUGUGUUUUCCCACAGAGCAUUGCACAGCUACUGGGGCAGAUGUGUUAACAGUGGACCUUGAGCAAUGGAGUAGUCGAUAAGGGUUAGUUUGGCCAGAAAGGCAAAGUACAAGCUGUAUGUACAGACUCUGGCUUCUCCGGAUUAUACUACUGUAUAUGGCUGCAUGGGAUGGAUAGCAUGAGCAUUACAUUGUGUUGUGGGACCUUAUGACCAAAGAAAAAUAUUAGGACAUUGCUGCUAGCAUAGCCACAGGGCACAGUGUAAACUGCUAUAGCGUUUAUAUAUAUAUAUAUAUAUAUAUAUAUAUAUACAUUUAUAUAUAUAUAUAUACCGUAGAUGUUAUUUCUGUUCCUACGUGUCCUAAACGACAAGUGGUGCCCAGUUAGUCACACUGGCCGCUGCACAUACCACACCGAUACUCUCAGUACAGCGUUAUCCAUGUGGACAUCAUGCAUUGAUAAUGAGCACAACAAACUGAUUACGUUUAAUUACUCAAUCGAUAUUUCUAAUACACGCAGACCACGAGCUUCCAGGUUUAUCGAAGGAAUUUCAAUAUCUUAUUUUACAUUUUAAUACAAAACUGUGCACUGUUGCAAUACUGCAUUACCAUGUUACUAAAAAUGAAACUGAUAGCUAUGUAGACGAAGGUCUUACCACAAUGUUAUCUGGUAAGUUAUGAUAGUAUACAAUGCUAAGGCACUAGGUCACUGUGUUUAGGUCUAUCAUUGAACUUGCUAUGCAGGGGGGCACCACCGAUGAGGCCAAGUAAGGCGAUCGCCUCAGGCAGCACCAGGUAGGGGCAAGAGAGGGGCAGCGGAAGGGCCAUGGGCAAUGAGAGUUUUCACUGUGGCAAAGUGGUUAGGUUAAGAGAUUGGCAUGGGGAGGGCAGAAGCCGUUUCCGUUUUUGCCUCAGGCAGCAGAAAGGCUAGGUGCACCCCUGUUGCUGUGGAAUACUAAAGCAGUAGAGCAUCAAUUUAGUGGUGCGCAGACAUAACUGAUGGGAAGGGACACAGGACACAGCAGUGUAGUUUAUGCAGAUUUUCAUGUGGUUUUCACUCCAUUUCCGCACCAAAUCCGCAUAAUACUUGUGGAUCGUGUCAAGGAUUUUGAUGCUGAAUUUCCCCCAGGUAUCACCCUUCACAAUGCACUGAAAAUGUGCAGAAACUAUUGACAUGCUGCAGAUUUCAAAAUCCACACCGCAGGUCGAUUUCUGUAUACAUGAGAUACUGAAAAUCUCAUCUACUUGGCAAGCAUUGUAUUUUCCGGCAUUUUUCCCGUAACCAGUACUCGUGUGUAAUAUGUACUAUAUGCAUAUUAUACCCUUAUAGUGAAACAUAAUUGUCCUUCUUUGCAAAAUCAAGACCCCUUCACAGAAUGAAGACCCUCACACGUUCCACCAUGGUCUGAUUAUCCAGGCUGUAUCUAUAUGCACAUAGCCAACAAACGAGCAUCACAGAAAAUAAGAAUAUUGAUGUGGUCCCUGACCUGUAGAAAAACACUAUCUAAAAGACCCACAUUCUAGUGCCGAGGACAGACUUCGAAAUGCUUAGAAUUCACCCACUGGUGAUGCCUUCUGCUUGCAAUGAUUAAUCAUCGGGAUGCCUAAAGGUUUCUCUGGUAAAUAACUACAAUGGUAAACUAAAUUAUGCUUUCCAUGUAUUCAUUAGUAAAGGUUUUUAGCCGUUCUCCGCUACCUGGCCACUUAAUAUGUCAGAAAUCCCAACUUUUACUUUUCUUCUCAAGCCAUCCAUGAAAUAAUGCAAGCAACAGUGAUGUGGCAUGUGCAACUCUCCGAGGGUACUUACAUGCAUUUUACAGUAAACCAUUCCUUUAAGCAUUACAGCGAAUCUGCUCACCAGACUGUAGUAGACCUUUAUGGGAAUUAGCGACUCAUAUUGCACUGAUUUGCCCGCUAGUCUGGCUUGCACUAUGGUUUUUAAGAGCCAUUUCUGGGUUUGUGUUAUUUCACAUGACUAAGGUGCUCAACCAUCCCCCAUCCAUUCACCUAGCUGCCCUACAGGCUUCACGUCUGCCCCAUUCCGCAGUUAUGAUGGACAGCUCCAUCCUGUGCAGUAUAGACUGAAUUCUUGUAGAUGCCGAUGCAUCCAUUACACAUGACUAUGGGAAGAAUGCAUGGUUGUAUGGAGAAUAAUCUUGUAUCUAACACAGUUGUCUUUCUCUGGUUGAAGCUCAACCAAAAUGUUCAGUGUUUAUCAUUGAUGUAAAAAAGUCCAGGUAUAUAACGCUAACCACAUUCUGUUGUAUUGUAUAAUGAAGAAGUGCAUUCAUCUAUCUUUAAAGAGCGCCUGUCAGCAGGAUCAACCCUAUUAAACCAGGUGUAUUUUUUGAGUUGAUUCUGCUGGUUAAAAGGAUACCUGUCUAAUGAAUAUUGGUUGCAAUGUUCGAGAGGUAAAAAAAAGACUUUUGUUCUUUAUGCAAAUGAGGGCUUCAGUGCACCGAGGGGCGGUCCUUAGUCAUUCAGUGCACCUUAGCCUUGUUGGCCACUCCUCUUGGUGCUCUGAAGCCCUCGUAUUUCAUUACAUUGGAAUCAUUCAUCAAUGUGUAAUGUAACAUGCAUGCACCAAAAGUAUAUUCUAAGUAUUGCUGGAGUCUUAAAUGUUGAAUUUACAUUGGUAUAGCCAAUUUACUACAUAAGCAGAUGGCAAUACACGGUUCCCAACCUGUUCUUGAGGUUAUGCUGUGAAAAUGAUACCACAUUAGAUCAGUACGCAGAUACAGAUGUAGCAGAGCCGGAUUACUCAUUUGCAUGCAUCGAACUGUGCGUGGCUGCAGUUCUCUGUAAUGCGUUGUAUGUAACUGAUCCAUGCUACUUCUGCCUGAUCUCAUACUCCUCAUGUAUUCAAACACGCUAACAGGUCACAGGAAUACAUACCGCAGAAUAUAAUGAAUAAAUGAGAGAAAUCAUUUUGUUGGGCACAGGGUUAUUCUCUAUAUGUGUUUCAUAUUUACUUUGGGGUGGGGAGGGAUAAGUAGACACCAUAUAACCUAACAAUGACUGAUUUUAUGAUCUUAAUGCCAAGACUACAAGAAUGUUGUCCUUGCGAUUGAUUGCGUUGACCCUGUUUAGUGUGACCUGGAGUGCGGCUCCUUUUGACGAUAAUGUAGCGGGAUGCGUUGGCUCUGCAGUAACGCCACUUUAUUUCGAAAGGAUAAUUAGGACACAUAAUUGGGGGAUUUGAACUAGAAGGUUAAAUGUGUUUGCCUGCUGGACUAAUUGCUGUAAGCUCAGCAUCAUAUUGUAGAAUGCAUGCAGGAUUAGUUGAGAUUAACAUUAGUCCACUGAUUGGAGUGUCCUUCAGAUGGCUGGUGUAGACUGCAUGUGAGGACCACUGCUUCUAGCCUCUGAGGUAGGGUCAGAAUGGACUGAAAGGCUGUUUUCGGUUAUGUACAGUAUGUUACUUUCUUCCAAAGUGUAAUACAAGUAUCUGCAUAGAUGCACCAUAUUUCCAGUCUGAGAUCACUGUGUGUAUAGGCGACCUCUGCUAAAUCUAAUGUCUUACCCUGUAUGUUUGUGUGAGGAAAAUUGACAGUGGGAGUAGUUCACUUUGAGGGGUGAAAGGAAGUUCAUAGGGUUCAUGUUGAUGGUGUCUUGAUAUAUGUGAGCUGCUCAGUCCAGGGACCAUGGUAAGAAAGCUAUUACCCACCUCUUUUAGGCCUCACACAUUCCCAACCACACACAUUAUACGUGCUGGCACCAUCAGAAGUAGAAAAUGCUACAUCAACACUGAUGAACACAUCAAAUUUGGACUCCAUCUGGGUAUUAGUUUGAGGAUUAGUGCAAAAGCUUUCCAUGCAGAUAAUAAAGCUUUGGGGUGUCCCAUUUAGGUGCUUAUUCUUGAUGCAGGGCUUGAAGGAAUGGAAGAUGCACUAUCUAGGUUUUGAUAGGGUUUGGGAAUUCUUCCUUGAUGUUCGUGUUGGCAUCAGGUAGUUUUUAUUUUGGUGGUGAUAUUAAGGGCGGGGUGUCUGGGUUUCUUCUCUUACCCCUGCAUAGGGUGUUACUUGGUGUGCUGGAUGACGUA